AUGUCUCAACAAGGUGAAUAUAUUGUUGCGGAAGACGCACAAAAAUCCGGCAUAUGUCACAGCAUACCCAUGGGCAAGGGAAGACCUUGCUUGAAUUCUUGGCAUUACGAUGCAUCAACGCAGAUACACGCUCUUCCGCAUAGUACGACUUGUGCCGACCUCAAAAACGCUAUCAUCAAAUCCUUCGAUGAUUCAAGGACUACAAGGAUUGGGGAAUAUACCCUACAAUAUCUUGAAGACUCUCACAUCAACUUCGCUGUAAAAGAUUACCCAUUCAUUAAACAAGAAGUGAUAAACAAGGCGAUAGACGUGUUUAAUACACCCGAGCACUACGAAAAUCAUCAAAAAUAA